AUGGUUGAGCAAUUCCAAGUCACCCAUAGUUACAACAAACAAGAGUUUAUUGUUGACAUAACUAAUAGGUCAUGUAGCUGCAACUUCUGGGAGUUAGUAGGAAUACCUUGUAGGCAUGAUGUGGCAGAUUUGAGUUAUAGGAAGCAAAACCCUGAUGAAUUUGUUGAUGAGUGUUACACUAGAGAAAUUUUUUCACUUUGUUAUGUUUUUUCAAUAAGCCCUAUCAAUGGUCAGGAUAUGUGGCCAGAAGUAGAAAUGAAACAAGUAUUACCACCAUCAUACAAAAAAAGGUCCAGCAAAGGCCUAGGAAGUUCAAUGCCUAAUGAUGGACCGAGUAUAAUGGAUAUUGAUUUUGCAUUGCCCACUGAUGGGCAUACCGAGACUAACAUUUUUGUAGCAACUGCUAUGAGUCAAACUGGAGCUGUUGUGGCUAACUCAAUUCUCAGGCAAUCAAAGAAACAAAAAGGAAAGAAGCCGGUCACAAAAAGAAGGCAAAGUGAAAGGAUAAAAUUGAUUUGGUUUAAGAAACUAAUUACAGGCCCAAGAUCUACUGAGCAGCCAAUUACCAUACCAGAAGUUGGAGAGAAGUCAUGUUCAAAAGACUCCAAGCUAGGAGUGAAAACAAGGUUUAUGAAGACAUGGAAGGCCAAAAAAUGA